UCUGCUUUCCCGACGUGCCCUGCGCCGCGCCCCGCGAUUGUUGCUCUGUCACGGUCGCCGCCGGUGCGUAGAAGACGGAACCAUGAAGCAGGAAGGCGGGUCGAGACGCCGUGCCGGAUCCGAAAAGGCCAAGCUGCCCCCCGCCGAGCCCCCACAACCGCCCCCUCCGGCAGCCGAUGUGGAGAUGCCAGAGGAGGCGCCUCCGGCCGAAUCUGCUUCGGCGGAGAAAUCGCAGCGCGAGCUCGACGCCGUCACGCUCGAAGACAUCAAAGAACAUGUGAAACAACUUGAGAAAGCCGUAUUAGGAAAGGAACCCCGUUAUGUUCUGCGUGCCCUCAGAGCUUUGCCCUCCACUUCCCGUUGCCUCAACCCCAAUGUGCUCCAAAAAGCCAUCAGUGGCUUUUUUACAUCUAACAGUGCUGUGCGGGACUUCCUCAUCAACUUCCUGGAGGAGCCUAUGGACACAGAAGUGGACCUUCAAUUCCGACCCCGUACAGGGAAGGCAGCUUCCACUCCUCUUUUGCCGGAAGUAGAAACAUAUCUUCAAUUACUCCUGGUUAUCUAUUUGAUGAAUAGCAAACGCUAUCAAGAGGCCCAGAAAGUUUCAGAUGAUUUGAUGCAGAAAAUAAGUCCUCAAAAUCGCCGUGCCCUUGAUCUAGUGGUGGCCAAGUGUUAUUAUUACCAUGCUCGUAUCUAUGAGUUCUUGAAUAAGUUGGAUGUGGUCAGGAGUUUCCUUCAUGCUCGUUUAAGGACAGCAACACUCCGGCAUGAUGCAGAUGGGCAGGCUACUCUGCUAAAUUUGCUGCUCAGGAACUACCUUCAUUAUGACCUUUAUGAUCAGGCAGAAAAGCUGGUCUCCAAAUCAGUAUUCCCUGAGCAGGCAAACAAUAAUGAAUGGGCCAGGUAUCUCUACUAUACUGGCCGUAUCAAAGCCAUCCAAUUGGAAUACUCUGAAGCUCGGAGAACUAUGACAAAUGCGCUGCGGAAAGCACCCCAGCAUACAGCUGUUGGCUUCAAACAAACAGUUCAUAAGUUGCUGGUUGUGGUGGAGUUGCUACUAGGUGAGAUUCCAGAUAGACUGCAGUUUCGGCAGCCAUCUCUGAAAAGAUCNGGGAAAAGGGCAGCCUAUAAAACCUAA